AUGCGCUUCCUCGCCCUCGUCGCUCCCCUCGUUGGCCUCGCCGCCGCCGCACCCGCGCCCGAUGCCCCUAGCAAGGUCGCGAUUCGCGGCGUGAGCCUACUCGGCAGUGGCUGCCCCCCCGGUAGCGCCGACGUCCAGGUCGACGCGACCGGCACCCUCUUCGAGGCGACCUUUUCGCAGUACGCGGUGCAGAGUGGGCCGGGCACUGCUGCUAUUGACUGGCGGAAGAACUGCAAGCUCACGCUUAAUAUGGAGUUUAGCUCUGGUUUCCAGUUUUCUAUCCUCGAUACCAAUAUGAUUGGCUUCGCUGAGAUCCCUACGGGCGCCAGGGGCCAGUGCACUAAUACCUUCUCCUUCACCGGCAGCCCCAACACCCAGGUUACCUAUGCUCUUGACCUCCCGGGCCACUACCAGGGCAACUUCAACCUCCGCUCUAACGAGCGCCUCGAGUCGUGGUCUCCUUGUAGCGAUAGUACUGCUAUCCUCAAUAUGAAUACUGCCUGCAACCUUAGCCCUACCCACCUCCCCGCCCUUAUUGCUGUCGACUAUAUUAGCGGUAAGCUUACGGUUAAGUUCGCCGUUACGUGGCGCCCUUGCCGCAAGUAA